GUAGAUGUUAUCUAUUUCAAGCGUUCCGAGUUGGUUCUGAGUAGGAGAUAACAUGGUACAAGUUAUACAAAAAAUGUUAAGGAAACAGUAUUCACAGUGGGAUAGAAUUAAUCAGAAGUGGUUUUUGGAAUGAGGUGAAGGGGAAUGGGCAGAGUUCAUGGAUUUUGGGGAGUAGAAUAAAAAUGGGAGGUUUUGAUAAAAUGGGCAGAUCUGACAAAAUUUAGGUUUUGUGUGUUCUUACAUUGCUGGGAAGAUAAUGUAUUAAAUAUUUUUUUUUUACAUAGUUAUAUGUUAAAAAUAGCUAAUGUAGUAGUAGUUUUUUAUUUACACUUAUGUGGUCAAGUUGAAUGAUUUUCUUGGAUAAUACUUUCCAUUUUUGUUAUGUCAUUUCUGCAGGCUGUUACAUGAUCUUGCAUUUUAAGUUUCCACAAGUGUGUCCGAAGUCUCAUUUUAUAGGAGGGAUUCAGGAUUAGUUGUUAGUCCGUAUAAUGACAGUUAUAAGUAAGGUAUAGAAUAAAAGACUUUGUUGUUUAAUCUCUUCAUAUCAGAGAUAAGUUAAGACCCAGAAAGAUGAAGCGACUUGUCUGAGCUUGUGGAAUGCUCAGUUGCUGGAGGUGCUCCUGCCUCCUGCUCCUUUGAGGCUGCCUGAGGUAUAAAGACAAAACAAAACAAAACAAAUCUGUUGCCAUCAAGUUGAUUCCAACUCAUAGCUACCCUGUGUGGGACAGAGUAGAACUGCCUCAUAAAGUUUCCAAUGAGUGGCAUAUGGAUUCGAACUGCUGACCUUUUGGUUAGCAGCCAAGCUCUUAACCACUGUGCCACCAGGGCCCCCUGAGGUAUACUUCUUUUUUAUACACAACUCUUAUUUGUUGGUUUGUUAUUUGUUUUUGAGAAAUGUUCUGAUAAUUUGCCACCUUUCCUUACUACUUUUUAAUUGUAAUGUGUAGAAUAGUAAUUAUACUUGCUAUGCAUUAUGGUCCCGUCAUUGAUGCCUACUGUAUGCCAUGUAGUGAGCUAGGUAGACUGUGAUUCUUCUUCCUGGAGUGAACAGAUGAGUGAGAAAGCUAUACUUGGAAGAAAAUAAUUAAGAUUUACCUGCAGGGUUGAAUUUUACUGUAAUUCCAGGUGUUCAAGUAUAAUUUCAUCUAAGGGAGUCAGAAGAGGCCUUCCUGAAGAAGUAAGGCAUAUGUUGAGAACUGAAGAUGUUAGAAAGUAGUCAUGUUAGAAGGACCAUGGAGGGAAGAUGAGUUCCAACAGAGUGAAUAUCCCUUCUGAAAGGUAAUUUUAAAAUUGGAAAGAGGGGAUUUUAAAGCUACUUCUGAUUUGCAAAGAUUGUCUGUGAUCUGGAGAACUACAGGCUGAGGUUACUGGAUGAGACACAUUGUUGGAGAAUUAAAAAUGACUUCUCGUUAUGUGAUCGCCUUGUUUGCCCUGAUGAGUUCCUGUGUAGUCACUGCAGGUCUAGAGCUUGGGGCCCACUGUGAACUGUCGCCUGUGAACGCCUCCCAUCCCGUGCAGGCCUUGAUGGAGAGCUUCACUGUCUUGUCAGGCUGUGCGAGCAGAGGCACAACGGGGCUGCCACAGGAGGUGCAUAUCCUGAACCUCCGCGCUGCAGAUGAGGGGCCUGGCCAGCCCCAGAGACAGGUCACUCUGCACCUGAAUCCCAUUUCCUCAGUCCACAUUCACUACAAGCCUGUGGUGUUCCUGCUCAACUCCCCACAGCCCCUGGUCUGGCACUUGAAGACAGAGAGGCUUGCAGCUGGGGUCUCCAGACUUUUCUUGGUGUCUAAGGGUUCCGUGGUCCACUUUUCAUCGGGAAACUUCUCCUUGUCAGCAGAAACAGAAGAAAGGAGCUUCCCCCAUGGAAAUGAACAUCUGUUAAAUUGGGCCCAAAAGGAGUAUGGAGCAGUCACUUCAUUCACUGAACUCAAGAUAGCAAGAAACAUUUAUAUUAAAGUGGGGGAAGAUCAAGUUUUCCCUCCCACGUGUAACAUAGGGAAGAAUUUUCUCUCUCUCAAUUACCUUGCUGAGUACCUUCAGCCGAAGGCAGCAGAAGGCUGUGUGAUGUCCAGCCAGCUCCGGGAUAAGGAAGUACACAUCAUCGAGUUAAUCACCCCCAACACUAACCCCUACAGUGCUUUCCAGGUGGAUAUAAUAAUUGACAUAAGACCUUUUCGAAAGGAUCCUGAGGUGGUCAAAAAUCUCAUCUUGAUCUUGAAGUGCAAAAAGUCUGUCAACUGGGUGAUCAAAUCUUUCGAUAUUAAGGGAAACCUGAAAGUUAUUUCUCCUAACAGUAUUGGCUUUGGGAAAGAGAGUGAAAGAUCUAUGACAAUGACCAAAUCAAUAAGAGAUGACAUUCCUUCUACUCAAGAGAAUCUGGUUAAGUGGGCUUUGGACAAUGGUUAUAGUCCAGUAAUAUCAUACACAAUGGCUCCUGUGGCUAAUAGAUUUCACCUUCAGCUUGAAAACAAUGAGGAGAUGAGAGAUGAGGAAGUCCACACCAUCCCCCCGGAGCUGCGAAUACUGCUAGGCCAUGGCACCCUGCCUGGCCUGGACAACCCACCCAUCCGGGGAGGGGGAGGCCGAGAUGGAGGCUUCCCCUUUCCUUUCCCGGACAUCUCCAGGAGAGGCCGAAAGGAAGGGGAAGAAGAUGGGAUCCCCCGGCCAAAGGACCCCAUCAGCACCAGCAUGCAAAUGUUUCCUGAUCCCAGAGAGCCAGAAGAGGUGCAAGGGAGCAUGAAUGUUGCUCUAUCAGUCAAAUGUGACAAUGAAAAGAUGACUGUGGCUGUAGAAAAAGAUUCUCUUCAGGCCAGUGGCUACUCAGGGAUGGAUCUCACCCUGUUGGAUCCUACUUGCAAGGCCAAGAUGAAUGGCACCCACUUCGUCUUGGAGUCUCCCCUGAAUGGCUGUGGUACUCAGCACCGUCGAUCAGCCCCUGACGGCAUGGUUUACUAUAACUCUAUUGUGAUGCAAGUUUCAUCCCCUGGUGAUAGUAGCGGUUGGCCAGAUGGUUAUGAAGAUUUGGAGUCAGGUGAUAAUGGAUUUCUGGGAGAUAUGGAUGAAGGUGAUGUCUCCUUCUUCAGCCGGCCUGAAAUUGUGUUGUUUAAUUGCAGACUUCGGCAAGUGGGGAAUCCCAGUAGCUUCCAGGACCCACCCAACAGAAAUAUCACCUUCAACAUGGAACUGUACAACACUGACCUCUUUCUGGUGCCCUCCCAGGGCGUGUUCUCUGUGGCAGAGAAUGGACAUGUUUAUGUUGAGGUAUCUGUUACUAAGGCUGACCAAGAACUGGGAUUUGCCAUCCAAACAUGCUUUAUCUCUCCAUAUUCGAACCCAGACAGGAUGUCUGAUUAUACCAUCAUUGAGAAUAUUUGUCCUAAAGAUGAAUCUGUGAAAUUCUACAAUCCCGGGAGAGUACACUUUCCUCUCCCGCAAGCUGAAAUGGAUAAGAAGCGAUUCAGCUUCGUUUUUAAGUCCAUCUUCAACACCUCCCUGCUCUUUCUGCAGUGCGAGCUAACACUGUGCACCAAAAAGGAAAAGGACCUCCAGAAGUUGCCUAAGUGUGUGCCUCCUGAUGAAGCUUGCACCUCGCUGGACGCCUCCAUGAUCUGGGCCAUGAUGCAGAACAAGAAGACGUUCACCAAGCCCCUCGCCGUGAUCCACCAUGGGGGAGAAUCUAAAGAAACAAGCCCAAGCCUUAAGGAACCGAAUCAGAUUCCUCCACCAAUUUUCCACGGCUUGGACACCCUGACGGUGAUGGGCAUUGCAUUUGCGGCAUUUGUGAUUGGAGCACUCUUGACGGGGGCCUUGUGGUACAUCUAUUCUCACACAGGGGAGACAACAGGAAGGCAGCAAGUCCCCACCACCCCGCCAGCCUCGGAAAACAGCAGUGCGGCCCACAGCAUUGGCAGCACGCAGAGCACGCCCUGCUCCAGCAGCAGCACCGCCUAGCCCGGCCAGCCGCCGCCAAGGGCAGGGCCUGGCAGCUGAUGCCACGUGCCCAGACUUGGAAGGCUUAAUUUUGGUUCCCUUGUAAAGAAUGGAUUUCCAUAUAAAAUCACCUGAUGUAUUCACACCCCCUCCCACCCAGGGCUAAGAUAAACCUGACCCCUGGACUUUUGACUUUCACGCUAGAAUUCAUGUGAGAAAGCAAAGAUGGUGGCCUUUUCUACCGGCCCCUCAUAGGCUUGGGGGUUCUCAAUGUGAAACACGUGCCAGUUUUUAAAAUGCUGCUUUGUCCAGGUAAAAAUGCCAGUAAUUUGGGGCCCUGAGCUUUAUGCAGACUCAAGGAGAUGGUAAGAGGUAACUAGCCAGAUAGUACUACCAAUGAGAGAUGUGGCCAAAGAUUCAUCUAUGUCUGAAUCAAGGUGUAAAACAAAAGAAAUGCUUUAAGACUUCCUAAGCAUCCUCCAGGUCUCAUUUGCACCUUUGUCUGUGUGCACACUUCUUGACCUUGCUGCCAUACCCUGUGGGGUCUGAUGUGUCAGCUUGAUGGGUCCUGACACACAUCAAGGCAACAUUCCUUACUUGUGCCCUGGGCCAAAACCAAUGCUGAUUACCUUAUCAGCUUCCUGUGUCUCUGUACACUUGCACAUCAACUGCAAAAAUGUCUUAAUGCAAAUCUUGCAUUUCUUUAUAGACAUAUAGAAAUUGAAAAAUGGCUAAAUUCUGGGACUGGGGAUUUGUGCCCAUUUGUGACAUUUUGUUCUGAUAGAUUAAUAGAUAAAUUGGGGCAAAGUUCAGUUGUAGGGUUGAGGAGGAAUUUGCAGGGGUAUAUGUGUGCAUGUAUGCAAGUGCAAGUAUGUAAUAUGUCAUCUGGCACAUUCAUUUUCUAAGUCAAAGAAGAGAAAAUUCAUUCCCUAUUUGAAAAUGUUCUAUGCUUUCAGAGUUGGAACUUAUUCUUAAGUAUAUUUGGUGGAAUGAGUGUUUCCACUUAAAACAUGUCAACCUUUUUAAUAGAUCCGUUUGUAAAAACCAAACUCUUGUAAGUUGCAAAUGCAUGGCAGAUCCUGUUAGGCUCCAGGUGGUUAUCUGAAGAGUGUCACUAGUUCUGCCAAGAAGGUGCUGAAAUAUGGAAAAGGGCACUCAUUUGGGUUGCUUACGUUCUCUUGCCUUAAUAUAUCCUAAACUCAAAAAAGAUUUGAGGUGAAUUUCAUUAAAUGAAAUAAUAUGGUGCCACUUUGCAGCUAAAAUAAGCUCAACUGAUACCUCUAUGUUAAAAGAGAACGCCAGAGGAAAAUUUCUGUGCCAAAUCACUUACUAAGAAAGAUAGCUCCAUUGCAAAUUAAACAUUAUUCUUUUUCCAUAAUUCCUCUGCAGUGACUCAGAAUUUCACAAGUACAACAGGUUAGAUUCUACUCUAAAAUAUUCACAAGCAGAUCUCACUGCCCUAAAAUAAGGAAGCUAUGCCCGGUUCUCCGUGAAUGGAACCUGAAGUAAGAAAUGUUGGUGACACUCAGUGCCCGAGAGCAGUGUCGAUAUGGCAGACAAGUAGGUGGAGGUUGUCAAUCAUUAUUGCCCAAUUGUUGAGUAAUAGUUUAAUUGAUUUGAUAGGUGUAGACAUUCACUCAGGAUAAUUUUAACCAAAACAGAUUAGAUUAGGGUCAAGAUUUCCAGGCUGUCUACACUGAUAUAUUGAAAGCUUUACAACUUUCCACAUAGAAAUGAAAAAGAUACGAGAUUACAGGAGAAUUUUUUUUUCCUUUAUUUUUUUUUUUUAACGGAAAGGUAUCAGAAUGGAGGACCUAAAUUACGCUACCUGUGUUUGAAAAUAAUGCGCUUUGCCUAACCUUCAGCAGAAUGUAUUGUUUUAGCAUAUUCUAUGUAUAAAAAAGUUUAAAGAUGUCUUCAAAGAAGACUAGAGUCUUUAAGUCACUUAUAGCUAUAUUUUACUACAAAAAAAAUUGUGUAUAAAGAUAUAUUUAAGUGUUUUAGAUAAAUUUAAGUUACUCCAUAUGACGUGUUAAAUUUCAGUUACUGUGAAUUCUUUUGAUUAGUUCUUUGCUUUAAAUUAAAAAAAAAAAAACCUUCCAUUUUGUCUAAAAAGAAAAUUAGCUAUUAAAACCAAAAAACCAAACCCACUGCUGUCGAGUCCGACUCAUAGCGACCCUGUAGGACAUAAUAGAACUGCCCCAUAGAGCUUCCAAGGAGCGCCUGGCGGAUUCGAACUGCCAGCCUCUUAGUUAGCAGCUGUAGCACUUAACCACUACGCCACCAGGGUUUCCAAUAAAAGGCCCAUUUCUUAGAUGAAUAGGGUUAAAGCCUUUGUAAUAUAUUUAAAGGUAUAUUUUUGAGAGAAAUGCUACAUUACCAAUGAUUUUAUAAAUAACUUUAAAUUAAUUUACAAAUUUAUAGUUACAAAUCAGAAGGUUUUUCUAAAAAGAAAGAAAAGAGGGAAAAAUCACCUUUUAUUUCUGAUAUAUUGGAGCAAAUUUGUUUGGGUCUGUUUGUCAGAAGCAUUAUUCAAAUCAAGGCAUCUGUGUUCAUGAAACCUGGUCCAUGUUAGUUGGAGAGUGAAUGUCAUUAAGUACUUCUGAAGUAUUUCAUAAAAAUGAAUGUUAAAAAAUAGGAUGUUUUCUCUCUAGCUUCUUGUUACAGCAUUCCUGAUUGCUUCAUACUUCACAGUUUUAAUACAAAGUACAAGCUCUACUUUUAUAACAUGUUCUGAAAGCUUCUUUGAAACUUAUAUUCCAAUUGAACUCAUCUUUCUGCAAGGUAUUUUGUUAUUUCUGCUGGCUAAACCGCUCACAGAGGCCAUUUUAUUUUGUUUGUUUAAUGCUGAAGCUAUUGUUGAAAUGCUUUCAAACCCCAAGGCAGACUUGUCUGUGUAAUACCCUAUAGCCCUUUCACUGUGUGGUGUUCACCGGCUGUUAGUCUGUAUUUUAAAACGUCAGAGAUUUCUUCUGUCUAAGCUGUUUGUGUAGCAUUUUCUAAACAAACAACAACAAAAAAAUGGUCCUUUCCUUGUCCCAUAGUAAGAUUGUAAAUCCAUUUCCUACAUGUGUUCUGCAGUGGGCGUGAUUGUGAGUGUGUGUGGGCACGCACAUGCGUGCCAGGCUUCUUGCAAUGUAACUACCUCAUGGUUUGAAUGGUGAUUGUACUGCUGGUUAUGUGUUAACAAGAGCACAUUUUGUUGGGUGAUUUGUGUAUGUGGUUUUUCCUGUUUGUUAUGUCUGGGGGUUGUUCAUGAAACUGACAGAUGUUUUUCUAAAAAGGACUAUUAUCAGUUUCCAAAUACAAUACUUCUCUCUUCUGGUUUUUUCCUAAAUGAGCCUGAUUUUGUUGCUGUCUUUCAUCAUCUAGGAGGGUAAAAAGAGUACCCGUAAAAUCCCUGUGGCCAGUUUGAACACCCCUAUUGUAUUCUUUUCUCUGUUCAAUGUGUCAGCAAUUUUGUGAACAUGCUUGGAUGUAUAGUUUUGAUAACCACAGUUUGAAGUCUUUUAUCUGUGCAUAAUAAAGAGAUAUAUAUCAAUUAUGAAUAUGUUUUGUUUACUUGUCAUUAAAUUCUACCACCAUAGACCGAUAGA